GUUUAGGAAUAGUAGGAGACUCGAUUCUAUAUCUGUUCAUCGUGGAACUACAGAAAUUGAUUCAUUAGCGUUCAAAUGAACGUUCAGCUGAAAAAUCGUGAAUGAAUUCACAGUGAGCCUCGACAUGUCUCGUUACACUCAAUCACUCCUUCAAAAUCCAAUAGACUUAUUCAAGUAAUGAAAGGAACUAAAAAUGCUCUUCGACGAAUUUUUGAUAAUUGUGUUCUGCAGUAUAAUAGAGGCUAUUGGUUGCCGAAGGAAAUAUGAUGUGUCACCCGGUGGAGGGAGAUUUCUCCUCAAACUAUUGCUAAUACUUUGCUGUAUCAUUAGUACCGACUGUGAGCCGCUAAGGGGUAUCAAGGAAUUACAAACUGCCUUGCAUGAGGAUCGCGUACCACCACCAUUUCUCGGACAUUGUGAUUUUGAGAGACCUUGCAGGUCAUGGACGCAUAGAGAUAAUUUUCAGAAAAUAACACCGGAAACUAAGAGAGAUGGAGUCCCGAAGACCGAUGCCAGCGAUAAUCCAAAAGGACAUUUCUUAUGGUUGAGAGGACCCAGCGAAGGACAAAUAUGGUCUAUCACAAUUCCACCCACUGGGGCGCAAUGUUUCCUAGCAUUCGCUACGCAUCAAAUUCAAAUGCAUGAUGGUGUGAUCAGACUUAUCAUUGAAACAAAUAAUGAUACCAGCUCUGUUGCCGCGGAGCGUUUUGGAAAUGACGAUGCCAAAUGGAAUAUCACGAGACUCAAGCUCGGAGUUAUCAGUCAGCUGUACCGAGUCGGCUUGGAAAUUGGUGUACCAGCAAAUGGCAGUAUCGCUAUUGACAAUAUUCGGUUGGACGACUGCUUUCCGGAAUCAAAGCCAUUAAAUACACGGAACAACUGCACGCCUGAUAUGUUCCGGUGUAAUAAUGGCUCCUGUCUAAAUAAAACGAGGGUUUGUGACUUGACUCCGGAUUGCUCAGAGGGCGAGGACGAAAUACUAGAAUGUGAUAAAGUACCGGAAACCGCAAGAUGCAAUUUUGAAAAUGGUUGGUGCGGUUGGGUAAAUGCACUGGACAGUCAACUCAAGUGGACUCUCCAUCAUGGCUCUACACCCUCCGAACGAACAGGUCCAAGUUAUGAUCACACUUAUCGCAAUGAAACUG